CUUUAGAACAGGUAAACGUUUCAUUGUAGUCUAACGUUCGGUGAUCUUGUUCUAUCGGUCGCGUACAGUUGCCAACUGGAUGUACCUGUUAAACGUAUGAAUGUUAAGAUAGUGUAUCCUGAAUACUAUUAUUCGUGGUUUUGGCAUUUUACCUCUAAUUCUUUGGUGCUUCCAUUUCUCCCUCGUGAUCCGAUCACGUCGCAUUUUAUCAUUCGUGACGAAAAGGUUCGAAGUAAACUUUUUUCUGGGAAUGUUGAAGGAUUCGCUUAUCGUCCGAGCAUCUUACCAAGAGCUCAGCAGCAGCAGCAGCAGCAACGGCAAUAACAACAGCAACAUGCCGACUACGAAAGGUUCCUCGGGGUAUUUAAAGCGUGCAAAUACUGAACGGCUCCAUGAAAUUUUUAACCAGUACGCCUCACAGGAGAAGAAUGGCGAGAGGUUCAUGACUGCGUCUGACUUCGUACGCAGUUAUCUUGGCCUUUACACGGAUGCCGAUUAUAAUCCCGAUUCUGUCAAUUUACUUGCUGGUAUCGUCGAUACUAGCAAAGAUGGACUUAUAUCAUUUGCCGAAUUUCAAGCAUUUGAAGGUCUUCUCUGUGUACCUGAUGCUCUAUAUAAAACAGCUUUUCAACUCUUUGAUACUAAUGGAAAUGGAAUGGUUGCAUUUGAUGAGUUCGCUGAGGUGAUGCGGAAAACUGUACUGCAUCAAAAAAUGCCCUUUAAUAUGGACAGUAGUUUUAUCAAACUCUAUUUUGGAAAGGAUAAAAGUAGACUAAUCAGCUAUGCAGAGUUUAGUCAGUUUUUGCAUGAUUUUCAUGAAGAAUAUGCAACAGAAGCCUUUAAGAAAUUUGAUAAAGAUGGUGCAGGUUUCAUUUCCGCAUUAGACUUCCAAGACAUCAUGCUCAGUAUUAAGAGUCAUUUACUCACAAAAGAUGUGAGGGAUAAUCUAGUUGCUGCAGUUGGUGCCGGUCAAAGCGGAAGAAAAGUCAGUUUUCCAUACUUUAUGGCAUUCAAUUCUCUGUUAAAUAAUAUGGAACUUAUUAAACGUAUCUAUUUAAAUGCAACCAACGGUCACAGAUACCAAGAAGUUACCAAAGAGGAAUUUCUUUAUUCUGCACAAAUGAUGUCCCAAAUAACCCCAUUGGAAGUUGACAUUUUGUUUCAUCUUUGCGAUUUACUUCAUCAAACUGGGAAGAUUGUAUACAAUGACCUUGUGGCUAUUACACCCGAGCAAUAUUUCAAACAGAUUACAAAGCGUGUUGCCGAGAUUAAAGCGGUAUCGAGUCCGGAUGAACGUGGUAUUGUUGUACAAAUGCUCGAAAGUGGCUAUCGAUUCGUGCUUGGUUCCAUCGGUGGAGCUGUUGGUGCUACAGCUGUAUAUCCUAUCGACUUGGUGAAGACCAGAAUGCAGAAUCAGAGGACUGGAUCAUUUAUAGGCGAACUGAUGUACAGAAAUAGCUUUGAUUGUUGUAAAAAGGUGAUUCGGCAUGAAGGCUUUUUUGGUCUUUAUCGAGGCUUGAUGCCUCAAUUAAUGGGUGUAGCUCCGGAAAAGGCUAUUAAACUCACAGUUAACGAUUUUGUCAGAGAUAAGUUUAUGGACAAAAAUGGAAAUUUACCGCUAUACGGAGAAAUUGUAUCUGGCGCCUGUGCUGGAGGAUCACAAGUCAUAUUCACCAAUCCUCUGGAGAUAGUAAAAAUUCGGCUACAAGUAGCUGGCGAGAUUGCAGGAGGAUCAAAAGUUAGAGCAUGGACCGUCGUGAAGGAAUUAGGUCUUUUUGGAUUGUACAAAGGUGCUAGAGCUUGCUUUUUGCGAGAUGUGCCAUUUAGCGCAAUUUACUUUCCUAUGUAUGCUCACACAAAAGCGCGAUUGGCCGACGAAGGGGGCUACAAUACGCCAUUGUCGCUUCUUGUUUCCGGUGCUAUUGCCGGUGUACCUGCAGCAGCACUGGUAACUCCUGCGGAUGUGAUAAAAACAAGAUUACAGGUUGUAGCUAGAGAAGGUCAAACUACGUACAACGGAUUACUGGAUUGCGCAAGAAAAAUAUUCAAAGAAGAAGGUGCCAGGGCAUUCUGGAAAGGCGCGACAGCAGACACAAUGUGCCGAGAGACAGCAGACUUAAAUAUGGGAAAGGAAGUAGCAGAACAAAUAUUGAGGGGUAGAGAGGUGAAAUGUUUUAUAGCAAUAUAAGAGAACGCAGCUUGGAACUUGGAGGUACGAUGUAGAGGAUAGGAGAGUAAGGUUUGGGAGCGUGUAACAGAGGUUGUAUGAAAGUCUUCAGUGAAAUGAAGACAGUCACGAAGAUAGGAUGGAUUGUUUGAAUGUAGGACAUUGAAGACUAUACAACAGAGAUGCAGAGUGAAUUGUUGAUAGAUAUUCAACCAGCCAGAGAAUUGAAAAAGCAGAAUUAUAUGAUCAGACCUUCGCACACCACAGACAAAACGCAGACAAGAAUUUUGAAUGCGCUGUAUUCUGUAAAGUCAGGAAUGUAGACCGUGUCAGCGUAAUCAAAUAAGGAGAGGAUAAGUAGUUGAGUUUUUGAGAAAUGGAAAGAACAUGACACAGUGGAUAUAGCUUAUGGAGACGAGCAUAUGUAGCCCUGCAUUUUACGGUAACGUGAUGAUCAAAGGACCAGGAGGGAUCAAUAUGUAGACUAAGGACGCGCAUCGAUGGAGGAGAUGCGAUAGGCAUGGAGUUAAGGUGAAUAUUCAGAGCAGACGUACGAGACAAGAAGGAUGGGGAGCCAACAAUCAUGUAAAAAGAUUUGAAAGGGUUUAGGUGAAGACCAUUUGAGACAGACCAAUCAGAUAUAGAUUGAAGGUCGCUGACAAGGGAUGAUAUAGUAAAUGCCUCAUUAUGUUUAAAAGAAUUUACGAGAAGCAUAUCAUCAGCAUACAUAUAAAGACGAGAUGUUAAUGGUAGCGAUGCUGCAUUCGCUGUAAAAAGAAUAAAAAGGAGCGGUGCAAGAAUAGAGCCCUGAGGAACACCAGAGGACACCCGAUGUGGAAAGGAGAACAUAGGAAUGACUCACCAGGGUCCAUCCAAAAUUACAAAUGUCUGCAUAAUUUGGAUAAAAUAUUAAAACUACAUGUAUAUCUUAAUAAAAUAAUAUGGAACAUAUGAUAAUAAAUCAAGAGCUGCAUCUUCAUUGAACGAAAACAAAAUGAGAUUAUGUUUACUUUUCGAGGUUUAUAUGCAAGUU